AUGGCGUCUAAUGCAGCGGUGCCGUUUUGGAGAGCUGCCGGGAUGACCUACAUAACGUACUCGAACCUCUGCGCCAAUUUGGUGAGACAGUGUUUGAAGGAGCCCUACAAAUCCGAAGCACUCACCCGUGAGAAGGUCCAUUUCGCCGUCUCUGAGUGGGUCGACGGCCGGCCGGAGAAGUCAAGGUGUCUGAUGAAAAUGAUCAAUGCGCCAUCCGCUCGGACACCCCUGAAUGAGCCUCGGCAUUGGCAGAAAAAAAAAAUUGAAAAGAACGCGCAAUUUUUGCCUUCUGUUCAAACUGUUGUGGAUUUGCUAUUUCCAGAAGAGCUCUAA